CCCGUACUUUUUUCCAUCCAAUCACCAGCCCUUCGUGCUGGCAAAGGUCUUGUUUGUUUUCCCUUGUUCUUCCCAUUGAGUGCAUGGCACCAGCGAUGUCCCCCCCCAAGUAUCAUUGGCAUGAAGCAUGAACGAGCCUGAGUUUGGAACAUGCUCAUAAGGUGAACUGAGCAUCCCAGAAUACCGGCCCUGUGUUUAAAGCGUCCACGAAAAAGCCCUGCAUCCCAGCUCCUUUGAUGGGUGUGAUGGGUAGAUUCAGUCAAGUUCCAUCUCCAAGAUUCUUCAUUUGUUCACAUGCGCACACACAAAGGCGGCCGAGGUACAGUAGAAGGGUCGCUUCAGGGCUUGGCGACUGAUCGGUGCACUGCUUCAGAGUUUCGGCUCUGAUUUUUCAAGCAUGGCGAUGUGAUCGUCGUUUUGGCGCUGCUGGAGUCCAGUAUUCCGACCGCUCAGAUUCGGACAGCUGGGGAGACCAGAUGAUGCCAUGCCAGCUCCACGUCCCCUUAGAUGAUGCACCCUCUUCGCUGCUGCCAAGUAUCCGCGAAGAAGAGGAAUCUGAGAAUCCAGAGCACACCCACAGGCGUGUCGAGCGCCAGAAGAGGAGGCAACGGGAUCAGGACGAUUUAGAGGAUUUCCUUGCGAAGCACCAGUUUCCUGACGUCAACAUGCGGCAACGCAAGCAGCGAAGCCACCGAUGCGGUCGCCUCACUUGCCUCUUCCCCGAGCAGGAAGAGCUGUAUCCGAUUCAUGCUGCGGCAAUGGAGGGAAAUCUGAAGAUGGUGGUGCUGUUGGUCCGCGCUGGGGCGAACCGAGAGCAGGAGACCUCCCGAGGGCGCACCGCUUCGGAGCUCGUGGAGCAAUCCAUGCGUCAAGACGCUGCCGAUGGGGCUUCGGUCUCGCGAGUGGUGAACUCACGGCGCAUUGAGAUCUUGCAAGUUUUGGAGGGGACGUGAACUUUGUUGGAAAGUGAGCAUUUUGCGUGAAACGUCAGACGUCGCCUUCGGUUUUGAGUGCGCACGCAGCGUGCUUGUUCAGAAGACUGAGAUUUUUCGCUCACAAGCGUCAUGAGAUGA